ACAUUGCAUUGAUUCACACACACACACACAUCGCCAUUGUUGUGCUGCUGAUCGGCUCACCGCUGGUUGCCUAUCCUCACCGCCGCCACUGAUUUCUCCUUCCCUUGCUGAUCGGCCCACUGUUGUUAGCCUCUUCUCGUCGUCGUUGACUCGUCGCGAUGCCUCGAAGGGAAAAAUUUCCAGCACCAAGAGCCUCCCAAUCGUUGCGUGCAGGGUCGUCUCAGGGAGGAAAUGGUUUCCCACAAGCACCAAGUGCUUCCCAAUCGUUGUGUGUGUGUCCUCUCAAGAGAGGCCAUCAUACAAAACAGUAUUACUCUCGUCACCAAGCUUGGAUCAUGGACAUUGUAUCCCACAAGCACCAAGAGCCUCCCAAUCAUUGUGUGCAGGGUCCUCUCAGCAAGAAAAUUGUCUCCCACAAGCACCAAGUGCUUCCCAACCGUUACGUGUAGGGUCCUCUCCAAAGAGGCCAUCAUACAAAACAGUAUUUCUCUCGUCACCAAGCUUGGAUCAAGGACCUAGAGCCUCCCAACCGUUGUGUGCAGGAUCCUCUCAGGAAGGAAAUUGUCUCCCACAAGCACCAAGUGCCUCCCAAUCGUUGCGUGCAGGGUCCUCUCAAGAGAGGCCAUCAUACUUAACAGUAUUGUGCUCCUCACCAAGCUUGGUUCAAAGAAAUUGUCGCUUACAAGCACCAAGUGUCUCCCAAUCAUUGCAUGUAGAAUCCUCUCUGGAGAAGCGAACAGAUAGAUCAAUAUUGGAGUCGCCAAGCUUGGAUCAAGUGCCGCAUGUGCUGCAUCAACCAUCAGUGAAAACUGUUUGCCGACUAGGACCAAGUCCCCCUCAAUUGGUGCUUGAUUCUGGCAUUCGGUAUGUAGUUGAGGGAAAAUGGAAGAACUCUUGGUUUGGGUGGAUGUCCUCAGAAACAUCUUUAUCUAAUGAAGGGAAACCUUUGAUAAGUAUCUAUCCCUGUGCAAGCACAGAUGAAGCCGAUGCUUAUUGCCUUGCACAAAAUGAAUGUGAGACUGACCAGUGUAAAAUUUUAUUCUUUAUAUGGUGUUAACAUCGUAAUUGAAAGGGUUCAAGCAGAUGUGCAUUCGUGGAUUGACAAUAAGUAUGAAUAUUGGUCGAAAAAUGGUAAAGGCAAAUCUCGUUGGUGGGAUCAUAUUCGGGAUGAGUUUAUACAAAUAUUUAGGAAUGUUAUGGUUUGUCUCCGCCAUAUAUAUAGUAAGAGAAUCUAUAGUGGCAAAUUGAUUGAUGGUAUCUCAGUUAUCAAUAACACAGAGACAAAAUUAAUUUGGUUUGUUAAAGCAGCAACAGUAGAAGAAUUUAAUAAUGGAUCAAGAAGGGACAUAAUUGAUUUGAGGCAGUUGAUGGUUGAGGCUGUGUUGAAGCCUUACAAAGUAUGCAAUGCUUGGGAUUGUCCCAAGAACAAGCGGCAAUAUAUUUUUUUAAAGGAAGGCUUACCUAAUGAUCUGUGUCACUUUAUUGAGAGACUUUAUGAUGAGAAUUUUGUGCCAAUGAAUUUGGAUUGGCUGUUAGAUGAUCCUGCGUUUUGGAGUCCGGACCUAAAAUUAAGGUUCUUCAGAGAUCUCCAUGAGAUUGUGCACGUCGUGAAGCUUUUUGAUACUGGUUAUGCAAGUAUUUUUUUAUCUGCAAAACUUGGAGAACUGAACAUUGCUAAUUGGGAGUGUCUUAUUCCCCAAGAGGGGCGAGAAAGACGAGUACUCAAUAAGAUGAGACAUGACCAAAAGCAUCACAACAAAGAGGAUAGGGGAAUUGGAGGAAGUCAACGGUCAAAGUUUAUGGGGAAAGGGAAAGUGAAAGUGAAAGAAAAAAAUCAGGAGAUGGGAUGUGGAGGAAGUCAACUGUAAAAGAUUAAGGGGAAAGAAAAAGAGAAAAGUAGUGGGAGUGGGGGAAAUAAAUUUAUUGAGGGUGAUAUUUUUUCAGAGAUUACGCUGUUUUGUAGGCAUUUGACUGAACAUUACAAUGAGAAACUCCUGUGUCAUGAGAGGAAACCAAAGGAAGAAAUAAGCUUAAUUGCGGAUAAAAUCUUUCAUGGCGCAUGCUCGAUGCUACGGAAUAGUAUUUUUGAGGCUUGGAUGGCUCAACCAUCGUCAUUGAAAACUGAAAGGCCUGAAUAUAUGAAUAGGCUCAUGACUGAUUUGGUAAUUAAUCGUCAGCAAGCCUAGGUUAAAUUGUUUGGUUGUAAGGCAGCCUCAUUUGGAGGUGGUUGCAUGGAUGCUACUUGUUAUGGAGGUGGCUAGUGGUGGUUUGUAAGCAACUUAUGAAUGUGGUGGUUGCAUGUAAUACACAUCUUCAUAUUGUGGUA